CAUUUGGAUGUCAUAUGCAGUGGUAUCGUUAGCAUACUUUUACAAAAUAAGCUCUGAUUAUGACAUGUUUUUAAUUCAGAGCAAUAGUAGAAAGUUGAGUAAAAACUAGAAUUGUCGUCACUUUAAACUCCAAAUAAUGUCUAUAGUUACCUUCAUCCUACUUCUAAUAAGUGUGGGAAUGAUUUAACAGCUACAUUUUAAUCAGUGUAGGCUUUGCUACUUUCUUACUUCCAUGCUAAUUGUGGAAAACACCUCUAUGGGUAAAAUAUUUGCACUGAUAAUGUAGUUGGCUCUUUAUACUGAAGAAGAAAACACAUCUGCAGGAGGCUUCUGUUUGUUCUUUUAGUAAGCAUAAACAACUUUAACGCAGCUGAGCCUGACAACCUAGUUCAUUUGGUUACAAUAUCAAAGAAACAUAGUUUAAUGGUGUUAGGGAAAGACUGAGAGACUUUAUUAAGCGACCUUGUUUAAGAAGCUGAAUACUGGAUACCUCACGUUAUAGACUAUACAGAGAAAAGAUCAAAGAAAAGCAAGGCUGCUAUAGCUUUUUCAGAACAAGUGUAGAAAAACUUGCUUUGAUGUAAUUUUAAAAUAUUUUGUAUAACCUACAAAAUAAUUCUUACUUUUUUGUAUUGCUGUUAUGUAACAGAGUGGUGGUACAUAAAAAACUAGAGGUGCAAGUUAGGAUGAUGGCAAUUUUCUCAGAAAGUGAUAAAUAUUUUUACAUAGUUCAAAACUCAUGCAAUUAGAUUCAAAACGGUAACUCCUCAAUGAAUGGACCAGAGUAAAAUUUAAAAGGACAACUGAGGUCAAUUUAUUGCUUCAGUUCUUCAUACAACUCUGCUCUGGAUACUCAUCUUUCCUUCCUUGGCUCACACAGACAUGUUAAGGCAAUAGGAGAGGACAGCUUGAUUACCAGUGUAUUUGUGCAGGGAGUUUCAUGUUGACUCCUUAGGCAUGUUCUUGCUAGUACAUCAGCACAUGAGGAAAACAGGAAGCCUAAUGCAUCAAGUUUGUAACAGAAGUGAGGUGGACUGUGGCUACUUUGUGCCUUUCCUUAAUAACAGUGUGUCUAUACUUGAAUGUAGCUUAAGAAAAGGGGGAAAAAUUGGUCUGUUUGCACUGACACUUCUUUGAAGGUACCCAGGUCAUGCUGUAACGCCCUGGCUCCUCUGGGAGGUAUAGAGCCUGGAAGGCAACAAUGUAUGUGUGCAGCAGAAGGAGCUGUUGUAGUGUGACCUCACUAAAGCAGAGUGGGAUUGGGAUAGGCUUAAUGAUCACAAAUCAGAUUCAGUUGUAUACAAGGUGUUCCUGAGGGUUUGGUACCCUCUCACCUGUGUUCUUUAUGUGCUAUGUGAGAAUAGGAGAACCCUACCUUAAACAAAUGCAAGUGAUCCCCACUCUGGUACCUUGUGUCAAGUUUGGAAGACAGAACUAAGAUUUUUGUGGGGCUGGUGGGUAUUUUAGUGACAAUAAAAUUUGGGUUGUUUAUUUUUUUCCAAGAAGUCCAGCUGGGAUGCAGUGAAGGUUCUAGAAGAGUAACCCCUGUCAAAACAUACCUCUGUAGCUUACUACCAACUUAUAGCUUCAUAAUUGUAAUUGACCUAGAAAAACUAAUUUAAUAUACAAUGCAUCAUGGUAAACACCUUUAAAUAGGAGGCAGUGUCUUCACAGACAGGCUGUGGAAAACCUUGUUGUAGCAGAUUUAUUGAGCAUAUCCAACUCUGUUCCUCUCAGAGGUUAUUAACUCCAAAGCAGAAUUAAUCACUAUAGAAUGAAGGUCUUCACUUGACAGAGAAAUACUUCAGGGCAAGGCUUGUACCUCGCCUUAUGCUGCUGAUGAGCAGCAUGUUUUAAAGUAUAUGGUUUUGUUCUCACAGUGUCCAAGCAGAUUGUUUUAAAUGUUUUCUAAACUCAUGGGAGUAUGUGUGGACCUCUGUCUCAAGUGCUUUAUUUCAUUUAUUUUUAAUAUCCCUACCCCUCACGUGUAAUUAGCACCCCCAAACAAAUGAAGUUCUCUUAUUUGUCUUUAAAGACUGAAAUCCUGUCAUGGCAUUCAGGUCAGUGUCUUCUAUUGAGUUACAGCUCCAUUCUUUCUUUUUCACUUAAAUUACCAGAAGUUUCUCUUUCCCUACAGGAGCUAGGACUCCCACACUAUUGGAGAUCUUUUUUUUUUCUCUAGAAUUUAGGGCUGUCAAGUUUUCUCUGUUAGUCUACCAAAAUACUUACUAAAAUACACUUUGUAUUUCACUCUAUUGUUGCUUUUUCUGGCUUCUCCACUAAGUUCUCCCACACCAAAAGAACAGGCUAUUAGUAAUUAGAAAUGUGCAUAUAAAAAAUCUACAUUUGUAUUUUUUGUGUUUUCCGCAUUGCCUUUCAACAACUUUUUUGAAAGUAUGUCAAUUUUGAAAGUGCCUUAAUCCUUUCAGGACCUGUAUUUGAGAUUCAAUAAGGGUUCAUAUCAGAGCUGUGAUACUCUGAUACCAAACUGGCUCAGGUUCAGACGGGUUACUGUUCUUGUAAAAUAAAUUUUAUUUUGUUUAUUGUCAACUCAGCUACUGAACUGCUAAGAAAAUUUUAUUGCCAAAAGAUCUUAUGUCACUUUGUCGUACCAGAUACCAGGAUGUCUAAAUGAACAUGUUUCUCCUUUUCCUGGCUACUGGUGAGGUAGCUGCACGGAGAAAGAUGGGGAGAAGGGUUACGAAGGCUGGAAAAUUCAGAAAGGAGAAGUAGAGAAGGGAACAGUUGAAGGCAGAUAAUUUUGAAAGGAAUUAGGGGAAAGACCAAAACCAUGUGGACAUAAUAUUGAAGAAGAGAGUGAGACAAGUCACGGAAUAGAUAAUUGUCUCUGUGGGUGGGACAUGCUCAUAUUAAAGGUGAGACUGCAGAGCUCAAGUUGAUAAGCUCUGCAGGACAAUUUACAUUUUAUGCUGCCUCUAGUGUCAGGAAGAAGAAAAAGUGAUGAAAGAUGCUCCCAGCUGAGGGUUAGCUGAGUUAGUAAGUGUCUCUGGAUGAAGGAUAGGCUUUCUCUCUGGGAGUGGAGGGAGGUGUAUUUGCAGGGAGAGGAGCAGCACUGAGGCCUGGUUACUGAAAAGGCGGCUGUGGUUCUCAGUGGUCUGUAUUCAGGGAAGUCAAAUGCAACUUAUAAUCAUUUGUCUCUUCUCACUAAAGGAGUCUACAGUAAGAACCACAACUCUGGAGUCUCAUAACUUCUGCCUUAAUAUGUUUUUGAGAUCUAAUAUGUCUCAUCCCCUUUGUAGUCUGGACAGUCCCCAGAGGGAAUGGUGGCCUGUUCUUUCCAACAGUUUCUUGCUCCAUCUGCUUGAGGAAUAAAACUUUGUUGUGAACUUACAGAUCUGAGUCCGGCUGUUCCCCGUGUUGUACAUGCUGAAAUUCAGUUGUUGUUAGUUCUUUCUAAAUUUUUUUUUUUGCCUUUAAAAAUUAUUUUUAAGCACACAUUUAAAAAAUUGAGUCAGAAAUUCAUAUAGCAGAGAUUGUGUGAAUAAAGCAACUGUAAAAGCAUUUUAAUGCGAUCAGUCAUUUUUUUGUUGUGUGGCUUGAAAUGUUCUUUUAUUCACAGGUGCCACUAGAUGUAGAAAUAAUAAAAUACAGUCUUGGAAUCUCAGUAGGUUUUAGAAAUGCUUUGGCAUAAUCUUUGUGAUACCUUAUUCAUGGAAAGCCAUGUGUUGUUACACGUGGUUCAGGAGCUUGGCUUGCAGCUACACAGUUUGUGUUCAUUUUGCCCUUAUGUAUAACAUGACCUUGUAAUAUCACUUUAGGCUCUCAUGACUUCAGGGCUUAAUUAUUGUAAUUCCCCUUUCAGUGGAUUAGUGAUGAGGCUAAUCUGCUGCUUGCAGCUUGUUCACACUGUAGCAUUGUACUUACUUGUGGGUUUCAAUUGCCCUCAUCAUAUUCAGCUUGCAUUGUGUCUUUUACAUUAUUAGUUGCUACAUGGUGUAAUGUUUAAAUUAACUUUAUGUAUAAAAGUCUGAAUGGGCAUGCCUUGGUUACAUUUCAAGAUUUCUUUUGUGUGUGUUAAUCUAAACUAAUUUUUCAGAUUUUGCUGCAAGACUUAGAAAAGCUUUCGGUCUGCAGAUUAAACCAUCUGAAUAUAGAGGUCUACAUAUUGGUGCCUAUGUCAAGUAGGUCUUAAACAGUCAUGGAAAUUGAAAGAGCACAGAGGAUGAUCAAGGUGACUAGCCGUUUGGUGGCUGAGAAGUAAAUAGUUGGUGUUAAUUAAGAAGCACUUGCAUAUCCUAGAAAUCUCAUUAGGACUAGUAGAUACAACAUCAUCUUCGAAACACCCCGUCCUUUUGGACUGACACUUGGAGAUCAGGUAUGAUUAUAUGAAAACACAUCCUUCUGAGAAAAUGCAUCUAGCAGUGGUGGCCUGUGGUGAAAGACUGGAGGAGACUGUUACUAUGUUGAGAUCAGCCAUUAUUUUCAGCAUCAGACCUCUCCACUUUCAUAUUUUUGCUGAGGACCAAUUACAUGAGAGUUUCAAAAACAUACUUGACGAAUUCCCCUAUGAAGGAAAAGUUAAUUACACAUUAUAUCCAAUAACAUUUCCAACUGAGAGUGCAGCAGAAUGGAAGAAAUUGUUUAAACCAUGUGCUUCACAAAGGCUAUUUUUGCCAUUAAUCCUCAAAAAUGUGGAUUCACUACUGUAUGUUGAUACUGACAUCCUGUUUUUGAGACCUGUUGAUGAUAUUUGGUCUUUUUUGGGAAAGUUCAACUCCACACAAAUUGCUGCAAUGGCACCAGAACAUGAAGAGCCUCGUAUUGGGUGGUAUAAUCGCUUUGCUAGACAUCCCUAUUACGGAGUAACUGGAAUUAAUUCUGGAGUCAUGUUAAUGAAUAUGACACGUAUCAGAAGAAAAUAUUUCAAGAAUGAUAUGACACCAGUGCAGCUGCAGUGGGGAGAAAUUCUUAUGCCACUACUGAAGAAAUAUAAGUUGAAUAUAACAUGGGGUGAUCAGGAUCUAUUGAACAUUAUGUUUUUUCACAAUCCAGAAAGUCUUUUUGUCUUUCCUUGCCAAUGGAAUUAUCGACCUGACCACUGCAUCUAUGGAAGCAAUUGUAAGGCAGCUGAAGAAGAAGGUAUAUUUAUUCUUCAUGGAAACAGAGGUGUGUACCACGAUGAUAAACAACCAACUUUUAGGGCUGUCUAUGAAGCAAUAAAAAAUUAUUCAUUUGGAGAUGAUCUGGUUCAUUCACUGCUGCAGCCUCUAGAACUGGAAUUACAGAAAACCAUGCAUACGUACUGUGGAAGAGUUUACAAAGUAUUCAUAAAGCAACUAACAAAAAGCAUAAGAGACUUGUAUGCCAGAAGAUCAAAGGGAAGGUGACUUUUGACUCCUAGUUGUUACAUCAAGAGACUGAAGUAAUAUACUGGUCAAAAGGUGCAAGAAUUUUAAUACAGCUUGAAUGGGCUCUUAAUGUGCCCAGACAAAAGUUUACUAGCAUACAUAAAAAUGAAGAAAAUAUUCAUGUAAUGAAGAACAGGAACUUUUUUCUGCAAAGGUGACUUUUUGCUCUUUUGAAGUUUAAUUACUGCUAAUGUUUAUCUUGGAUCUGAUGAUUUGGGUGUUACUGGCUUCUAUGGUCAGUAGUUUUAGUCUGCAUAAUUCAGUUAUCUAAUGAUCAAACAAACAAGGAAGAAAUGAAGAUGUGCUCUGUUUGGGAGUGUACCUCAUAUACUGUCUAAAAUUAUGUUAAACUGUGAAUGUAGCAAUAACUGAGUCAGCAGCACUAACCUCACUUUAAAGGUGUGAGCCUUUAUGUAAACAAAGUUGUUUACAAGUGCAGAAAAUACUCUGUUUUCAAAAAAUGGGUUGUAAUUAUCGACAAUCUGUAUGUGCCUUUAUAUGUUCAUCUCUUACAUGUUGAAGUACUGUUUUGACAAUCUUGUUGAUCUCAGAUGUAAACUGCACGCUAUAAAUACGAUUUUCUGAGAAGCUGAGAACUAGUAUGUGAUACUAGUUUUCUCCAUUGGUGAAUACGGAGACUUUAUAUUAAAAAGCAUUUGUUUGAACACUGUAGAGCCAUUAGCUCUAAAAGGUAGAGCAGAGUUGAGGGGCUUUUAAGUAAAAAUUCAGUUUGAAGUUGCUUGUCUUAUGAUACUUUUUAAAAAAUUUAUGGUUUUGCAGCUUUAAUAGGGCAUUUGGGAAGCCGAGAAAAACCCAACAGUGGAAAUCUGUUGCUGUUGUAUUUCCAUACUAGGAAUUAUUACCUCUGGUGAUUGUUAUAGAGUAUGUAGGACCUAAAAGUGAAGAGCUGUAGUAAGAGUUCUGAUGCUUCAUCAGACUGUGUAGUAGAUAGGUUUCUUAGAGAAUAUAUCCUGUUACCGUAAUUUUUUAAAUAACAUGGCUUUAAAAUAGCUUUGGGGCAGACUCUCAGCUACAUGAAUGCAUUACUGUCAAAAGGGUGAUAGUGAUCUGCAACAGGUAAGGAUUAGGCUUUCUUCAACUGUCUUAGUGAAAAAAGAAGUACUGUUUAUGCAAUACAAACUUUUUUCCCAGAGAAAAAGAUGAAGAAAAAGGCAGAAUUCUAGAGUUACAGUAAAAUAUUUAAACUUACAUGGUAUAAAAUGUAUUUGUAAAGUGUAUUUGAACUUGGAUAACCUAAGUGAGAUGAAGUCUUCAUAAAGUGAGGUUUUGGAUUCCAGAAAAGUUCCUGUGUGUUGAACGUGAAGGAUCCACUCACUGACUUGCACCUUCAUCCCAACCCCAUUUUAGAAGCUUCAUUUUUGUGGCUGUUUCCAUGUCAGAGGUAGGCUGCCUCUGAUUUCCAGAUUCAUGUGAGUUGAGCAAAUGCUUUAGCAGUACAAAAACACACUCCAGUGUAAGCAGAGUUUAUAUUCUGUUUCUAAUCUCCCUGCAGGCUCAGGGUGUAAAUUUCUGGGAUGAAAACUAGGAAGCAGUCUACCUUGCACGUAGGUCUCUUUUCCUUGCUGUGUAACCUUUUGAAGACUGAAAAUGUAGAAAUCUGUGUGAAGGUGAAUACUGUGACUGACUGAUUUUACAGUAUACAGUGCAUUAUUUUUUUACAUAAAUACUGAUUUUUAUAUCAAUUUGUGUUCAGCUUUCUUUUUUACAUAAACUGUGUGCUUGUAUUUAAAAAAAAAAGUCUUUGUUUUGAGUUGUUGUUGUUUGUCUUUGCAGACAUAUAUGCUUCAUUAUUUGACUCUUUUUUUUGAGUGAAAAUUGCAAUGAAACACUACUUAUUUACUCACAUUUAUGGCUGUGAUGGUAUUUGUGACAGAUUAAAUGAGAUUAUCUGUAGGAAAACACUAGACUUCUAGUCUCCUCUACCUGGUUUAUGAAGGUGUCUCCAAAUGCAUAGAUAUAGAUAUAGAUAUUUCCACUUCUUGGAAGUCUUGAGGUUUUUCUUCAUUGUCUGUUUUCUGUUUCAAAUUUAAAGGUUUUCAACUAUCAGACAGGUUUAACAAUAUCAAUUUACUGACAGUAUGAGUUGUUUUUUCCUUGAUUAAGUUGAAUACUCAUGUAUAAUUUAAAUGAAUUUGUAGACUCUUUGUCCCAUUUUUUCUAAUAAAUUACCGAUUUUGAAUCGUUAUUAUUUUAACAUUCCUGUGGUAUCUAAGGUGUUUAUGAUAAUUUUCAUAGCUUCUCUGCUACUUUGUGAAUGAAUGAUAUUUGGAACUGCUCCAGUAAUUUUGUGUUAAAAUAAGUUGCAGAGAACUACAAUGUGAACGUAAGACGUUUAUUAGAGGAAGUGGAUUCUUCUGUAAGAGACAGUAGAAGUAUGAAGUAAUGGGAAGAUACUUCUCAUCACUGUGGAUCUUGGAACAGAUCUCAGAUCCGUCUUGUGUGGCUGUUGCUGUCAGUCUGAGCAUUUUUCCAUGCAGAAACACUCAGAAGUGAUGUCAUAACUUGCAUUGUUCAAAAGGAAACUUAAGUAUUUUUAUGUUCUAUAUCUAAUACCUUUGAAUAUUUUCUAUUUCUUUUUUUUUUUUUUAAGUUAGGUUCUGUUCAGCUGCAUUUUUUGUAUAUUUGAGAAAAAUAACUGAAAUUCCUACAGAGUUUUGCACAAAUAACAGCAAAGUUAUUUGUUCAAACAUGAACCCAGCAAGUAAAAACUUAAAAAAUUAACCACGAGUGCGUGUGCUUUAGAUUCCCUUAUAAAAAAGAAGAAAGUUUUUUGAUCCAAGUUUAACUGUACAGAGAAACACAACUUACUUUCUGUAUUUAACUACCAAAUCUUAAAUAAUGCAGGAUAAUUUUCUAUAGAAAGGCAGGUUGCCUCACAGUUGCUUCGUAGUCCUAGUAGUCAGUCUACUCGAAACUAUUACUCAGGUUUGAAAAACAGAAGAUGUUUGCAGAGGUAAAUGAAUCUUUAGGGCAAAGCAAAAUUUGGGGAGUUCGCCUUAAUAAUGUCCACUUGAAACCAAAGAGAAUUUUACAAGGAGAGGCAAGAGACUACGAAAUUUGUUUGCUAGGUAUCAUUUCUGCUCUUCAGACUUCUCUAAGGCUAUGGAGUCCAAAUGUUUAUCUUACCUGUGUCUUCAUCACUGCUUGGAGAAGUGCUGCUAGACUGUGCUGUCCUUAAUUUUCUCACUACUAGCAUUGAAUACUGAUAGCUAAAAAUGCUUUGUGUGCCUUCCUAAGUGGCCUUUCUAUUUUAUGCAGUUCGUAUUAAAUUAUUAAACUGAGAUGAGCAAUUUAUUAGCAUUUUCUACUACCUUCAUAUUCUAGGAGGUCACUUUCUCUCCUUUUCUUCCUUUGGGUCAUUUAAUAUCAUGCCCUCAUUUUCAGAAUUAUAAUCUGGGUACAAUAGGUCCACUUUUUCUUUUAUGUCUAUGUCUUAUGAAUGUUUAUGUUCUGCCAGUCAUUUCUGCACACAUUUUACUAGAGCAAUUCACAUUAAAUCAGUCUGUAAUGUUCAUAAGAACUGCUUUGAAAUACAAAAAUAGAUGUAGAAGUUACCUUAAACUGCAAAUCUUUGUGGUUGAAUUAAUAAGUAUUUAGGGCAUGGGUUUUUUAGGCUUCCAAGAAAACGAAAGCAAUAUAAUCAGUUUUAACUCCUGGUUCAAGACUAGGAAAUUAAAUUUAAUUAAAACUGAUGUUUCAGCCUUGUAAUGCUGACCUACUAUGUCUCACUGAGCAGCUGGUGUCUAGGAAACUCUACUUACCUGUUGGAUAUCAUGAAACUCCUGUCAAGUAUUUCUUGCAGUUUUGACUAGUCACUGCUAUUGCUAUUUUUUUCUUUACAUUUUAACAUAUCUGCUAUGUUUUACUUUAUUGUUUGGUUUUCCAUUUUUAUGCAAUGGAUAGUGUUAUUCAAGGUGAAUUUGGAUUGCAGAUCUAAGCCCAAGAAAUAAAAAACCCCGAUU